UAGCCUACACGGAUUUGGUCGAAAACUUUACUUAAACUGGAGUUUUGGGGUGCAGCCAGUAGAGAGAACGAUGAAAAUGGAUUAAAAACAGACAUGUUGAAUGAGUGGUGGACAGGACAGCGUUGAUUUGGGAGUCAGCUGGUGGACGCGCCGUGUAACACUACCUUGGAGCCACUAAGUCAUGUCCGCCGGCAGUACUGGCAGUCUGAAACGCAGCUCAGGGCCUGGCAGCAACAGGUAUGGACCCAGCCGGAGCAGCAGCCAGAGAUCGUCGUAUGAGGAGCGCUGUGUGGACCCAGUUGAAGACUUGCCAUACACCCUAGAGCCAAAGUCAGUCCACAAAGCUCACCUGAAGGAUGCAAAUGGGAAGGAGUCUGAGACCAUUGGCUUCAUUCCCGGUUCAGCUGACCCUUCCUCCUCGACACAAACCUGCAAUCCCUGUGCUUCUCCAAAGAACUGCAGGACCUUUAUCUGCAGCGUGCUGACGUGCGGCCUCUACAGGGUCUGCCAGCGUUCCGUCCUCGCUCCGUGCCUGGCGCCAAACGAGAGCUCCCCAGACGAACCGGAGAAGGUGAGCCUCCAAGCUGUGAACCAGGGAGACAACAAAGAAGAGGACGGCACGGACUGGCUAGGGGACGUCCGCAUCGCCGGAGUCAAAGUGGACAGUCCAAGAGAGUAUUUGGAGGUUGAAAGCAAAUAUGUGCAUUUGUCCAGCAUUCAAACACAGCCCAGCCAUCUGUCCCUGCAGGAGUCCAUGAGGUUCGAUGACUGGGAGGAAGGUGACGAGAACGUGGACUCUCUGAUUACCAAGAAGCUUCUCGAGCUCUACUCUGAAUAUCAGAUCGAAGAGUUGGCCAGGUGCACCACGGACUCUGUGUUCCUGAAGAAGAGCAAGGCCAUCGACCAUCUCAUCAACUCGUUGGCAGAGGAGCACAAAAUGGACGAGCAGGAGGCAGAGUGUCGGCUGGUGCGCGGCAUCAUCCGCAUCAGCACGCGAAAGAGCGCGAAGAGAAGGCCGCGUACCCCCAGGACGGAGAGGACAAUGUCGGACAGCGGGAAUGAGACGAUGAGGGAGAGCGAUUCAUUCAUGUUCAGCAACAACAAUGACUACAAAUCUAAUCCAAACAUCCAAAUAUCUGAACUGACCUCCUCUGACAAGUGUGCCAGAGACAUGUGGAGGAACAAUGGAGGAAACACUUCUAGUUCUCCAACAGCCUACUCGCCCUCUAACACCGAGACUAAUUCUUCAGGUGUCCCACUAAUUCGCACUUCUGUGAGAACAUGAUUCGCGCUCCGUGCCGACGAUCUACACUUGAAUUUUGUCAUACCGCGUCCACAAGGUCACAUACGAGACGUUGAAAGGGGACACCACUUGCACAGGAGUCUCUGGCUCAGCCAAAGCUCUUUGUAGAGACCAAGGUUUUGCUGUGUGGGGGUAAAAAAUGUGAACAGUCACAUUGUCUGAAGGACUCCAGUGAACUCAGGACUCUGUGUGUAGAUAUUUAUGGUUUGAUAAAUAUUCUGUGUAUAUUUGAAGGAUUGCAGAUAUCACCUGUAGCUCUUGAUGAUUCUUAAAUAUUGUUAUAUCUUAAAUAUGAUUAACCGUCCCCUUGUCCUUGAAGGAGAACUAAGUUAUCUGCAUGAAACCUGACCCUCAUUUUUGAUGGUCGGAUUAUUGUAGUGUUAUUGUGCAAAGGACAUUUGGGUUUUGAUUUUAAACUAUUUUAAGCUAUCACAUUUGCAGUUUGUAAUCUAUGAUUAGUUAUCAGAAAUGGUAGUUUUGAUAAUUUGACAGAUUUCCAGUUGAUGAUAAAGGCUCUCGAGGACAAUAGUGUGACAUAAUGAAGAAGAGCAGUUUUAUAUGGAAGUUCAAAGACGUUAAAAUGAUGAACUUGGUUGGUUGGACAUUUUACGUUUCUUACAUUUUUAUGUGACCCACACCUCCGAUUCAACAAGAGAUUCAUAUAGAACGAAUGAAGUGAAACAAAAUGGCAAUUCAGGUUGACUAUCAGGCCGGGUUUUAAAUCUUUAAAUGUGACAAAACCACCAAGUUCUCGCUUGUCCAUGGAAAGUUUUACCGGGAAAAAAAAUCGUAACUUAAGGUCCACUUAUUAGCUUUUUGCUUGGAGCUUCAUCUCACAACCUUCCUCAGUGGAAUGAAGAUAUGUUUUAACAUCUUCUAAUCUAGAUAUAACUAUGAUUUACAUAUACACAUACAUUGUAUAUUACACAUACAUAUAUACUGUCUAUAAUAUAGUUAGCCCACAUGGACUUAUAAAACAAUGAUAUUGCAGUGGUUAAACAUUUUUAAACAAUAACAUAACUUUUGCCAUAUAAAAUUAAAAUGGAAACUUAACAUUUCUGUCCCAAGCUGUACAAAUAAAAGCUGGUUCUCUUCCUUAAAGAAAGCUCUAGUUUGUAAUCGUCUAUUUAGGUAUUAAGGACAUUUUACAAUAAAGUGUAGCUUUUAAAUGAUCGUAUAAUGAGCCAUAAAAGAUGAUGUGGAUUUUGUCUUCAAAGGGACACCAUUACACUUGUCUAUUACUAGUAUGUACCUGAACAUAACUGUUCACUCCGAGAUCUUGGACUUUUCAUUCAAUUGUGCAUCUCCAGAGGCUCCACAUUGUAGCUGUUCUUGUAGUAUAUAGUCAUUUAUAUACUCUAAUAAUUAUGAUAGCAUGUGUUCUUCUGGUGAGGAAGACUGAGAGAUAGGGUUUAAAGCUCCCAAAAAAAGCUAAGGAUUUUUUUUUCUCUUGUGACUUGAUUUAGGUGUCAUACGAUGUGGAAAAAGCAGAUCACUGCUGUCAUAACAUGAAGUUAACAGGUGUUGGAAUUCAUUCUGUGGCCAUGUAAUACUCUAUAACUCAAAUUUACAUUGUAAAUAUUCUAUUGAAGAUGAUUUAUUGUAGCUAGAUGAGCAGUGUAAUAUAUUGUAAAUCACUUGUUGGUGAUGUUAUCACAUGCCGACUCAUGAAGUUAAUGUCUGUUUUCUUUCCAAAAUGUUGGCUGUAUUUGCUCCUGGUGGGAAUUUUGCCAGCUGACUCAGUGGAAUUCAUUCAGCUCUGUGCUCUUCUUAUCAACACUAGCUUAUGGUUACCAUAGGUUGUAGAGCCUAUUGUAGUCAGUUAAUACACUCAGGUAGCUAAAUGUACAAUGUGACUGUCCAGAUGACCUUCGGUGUUUGUUCUUGUUACCCGUGAUCCAACCUCUUGUGCCUUAUGUAAUACACAGUAUAUUGGUUUUAACGCAAUGAAUGAACUACUUUUCUGACUUGAGGUAAAUACUAUGAGAUACUCUAAUAAACAUAACGCCGUGGUUUCAGUUUAGUGUGUCAGGAAUUUUGUUUCAACACCAGGGUGUAAUGGAAUGAAAUGGUGUGAAACUUGUUGUUCUGGUUUAAACUAAGAAGAAAAAACAAAACAAAACAAAAACACAUGACAAUUUAGGAAGUAAUGAAUGUGUCUGUAACUGUAUUUCUUAUUUCACUGAACUCGUCAAAUUGUCUGAUUAUUACAUCAUUAUGUUUUCAUUUACGUAUUAUACUUUCUCAGAAGAAGUUUCCCUAAAAAAUCAAGGUACAAUUUUUGGGUCUUGCAUCAAUAGAAAUAUAUGGUAGUUUAUAUUUUCAGCAAAGUGUGUUGGCAGAUACAGUAACACAUCUUUAAAAAGUGAUCUCAAUGUAAAAAAAUCAUGAAUAAAGUAAAACAAAAGAGGUA